AUGGUCCGCAACGCUUCAAAGCAGAAGGCAUCUGAACGAAUUCAGCACUCCCAAGAGCGUAGUGCUCUUAGUGUGCCAAACACCCACAACGUUCCCACUGCCAAAGACCAAGAGUCAGCGUUAUACACGCAAGCGUUGUUAUUGUGGGCGCAGGAGUAUAAAGCUAAUGGAUUUAGAACGUCUAUACAGAUAAGAGAGGCGGCUGAGGAGGCAGCAAUUGAGCAGGCGCGUCAAAAACGACAACGUGCUUUCCAGCAAGAACGUAGCCAACAAUUACAGCUGGCUCCAAUACGUCAGGGACGUACUGAAGACCCAGACAUCCACGGACUAGAGGAUCUCUCUAUCCAUACGCCCCAACGUCCACAACGCACCCUACCACCACUAGCCUAUAACGUUGGCAACGCAGCAGCACCAACGUUACCGCCGUUACGAUAUUACCAGGCACCUAUACCUCUGCAAGUCGACCCAUACAACCAGUCUCUCUCUGCACUCGUUGAGAACGUUCAGCCACCCUCUGGUAUAGACACCGCCUACCUCCACAUCCACCAGCACCGCAACGUUGUACACGAUGUGCAGCACGCCACGGCUAUACCACCAACGUCUAGAGAGAUGGAGGAAAUGGUAUACGGUCGUUCUCAACGAGAGAACACACAAAGCCAUGUCAACGAUGCUACCCAACCGAGUAACAUCGUUGUAGGCGCUCGCCAGAGGGAAGAGACAAGGACUAUCAACGUUGGAGGCGUUACCAUAACGUUCAGCGAGGAAGAUAUCCAGAUCCCCCCACCGAUUACAAAGCUACCAAUCUACGAUCUUGAAGCCAUGUGGGACGAUCCAAAGAGAGCGCUU